CUUACAAUAAUAAACAAUAAUAUAAAAGCUCAAACCCGAUCCAGGGUUUUCGCUUCGCCGCUCAGAGAGGUUUUGUGGAAAAGGAUCUCACUUUGAGCAAUGUCUCCAGCUAAAGUUGAUGUAACUAAGAAGGUUGACCCAAAGGCCAAGGCCUUGAAAGCUGCCAAGGCCGUGAAGUCAGGCCAAGUCAUUAAAAAGAAGGCGAAGACGAUCAGAACAAAGGUGACAUUCCACAGGCCAAAGACAUUGACAAAGGCUAGAGACCCAAAGUACCCACGCAUCAGUGCAACUCCGAGGAACAAGUUGGACCACUACGGAAUCCUCAAGUACCCACUCACAACCGAGUCCGCAAUGAAGAAGAUCGAAGACAACAACACCUUGGUCUUCAUCGUCGACAUCCGUGCUGACAAGAAGAAGAUCAAGGAUGCUGUCAAGAAAAUGUACGACAUUCAGACCAAGAAAGUCAACACACUCAUUAGGCCUGAUGGAACGAAGAAAGCGUACGUGAGAUUGACCCCUGAUUACGAUGCUUUGGAUGUGGCUAACAAAAUCGGGAUCAUCUAAUCCUUAUAUCGUCACUUUUUUUUUUCUUUUGGAGUUUUGAAACAGACUUCUUGUUUCUGUCUUCUUUAGUCUGAGUUUUGUUAGAGAAAUUUAAUGAUACUACUACAUCUCUUUGGUGUGCUUUAUGGUUGGUCUCGAAGAUAAUGUUUUGGUACCACUGGUCGGUUAUACUA